UGGAGUUCCAUUGCCCUAAUCACCGGGCCGCCAUGUUGGUACAAUGAGGUUUUGCGUGAGUAGAAAUAUGUUAGGAUCCAGCCUUGAUUUACCUAGGUAUUUUCCAUCCUACUCUAUCCAAAUAUCAUAGCAGCUAUCAUAUAGUCAAAUCUCAGUAGACGCAACUUGCGCGCAACCUUCUUAAAUAUGGAUCACCCAGUCUCAGUAGACCAAAACGUCGUUGAUGCCCUUCCCGAUGUUGCGGAGAUCCUCGAGACAAAACAUCAUGGAGAGUCCGAGUGGGCAAAAGCAACCCGGGUCAAAGUGUUACACAAGGACGGGAAAAAGGAAGAUUAUUUCAUGAAAGUCUCUAUCGGAAAGCAUGGCCGCGCAGCACUCAAAGGCGAAUUUGAGUCCACAUCAGCCAUUUAUAGCAUCACUCCCGAUUUCUGCACCAAGCCCAUCGCCUGGGGAACUUUUGCCAGCGACUCAAACUCGCACUUUUAUAUCUGCAAAUUCUACAACUUCAUUGAAGGUGUCCCCGAGCCCGAGAAAUUCUGCGAGAAGUUAGCGCGACUGCAUUCCAGCCAUACCUCGCCCAAUGGAAAAUUUGGAUUCCACUGCGCGACAUACAACGGCAACCUGCCUCAGGACAACUCUUGGUCCGACAGUUGGGAAGCUUUCUUCGCAAACGGCCUUCGACACAUACUAAAUAUCCGCGAGGAACGGGCUGGACCUAACGCUGAAUUAAAUGAACUUCUCACCCCUCUGUUUGGUAGAAUUAUACCCCGGCUUUUACGGCCACUGGAGAGCGACGGGCGUAAAAUACAGCCGUCAUUGGUGCAUGGAGACCUUUGGUAUGGGAAUGCCGGGGUUACCGACAAGAAUACCAAGGAGGGUAUCGUCUAUGAUCCUGCUAGCUUCUGGGCGCACAACGAAUGCACGUCAAGCCCCUCUUACUAACAUAAUUGGCAUCUAGCUGGCUAACUAUCGCCAUAGAUGAACUCGGUAACUGGCGCCCCAAGCGAAAUAAGUUCGCUCGUCCAUACUUCGAGGAAUAUCACUCUCACAUACCUCAGUCGGAGCCUCGAGAAGAUUAUGAUGACCGGAAUGCACUCUACUCCUUGUACGUAGCAACGCUUCAGCCAUGUUCCCGCACCAGGAAUCAUACCUACAGAUGUAAGGGAUCAUUUCUUCUAGCAACCCCUAGGAUCUAACCUAAAACAGGGUGAUUGAUGGAAUUCAGGAGCUUACAGAACGAUUCCCGGAAGAGGAGUGUGAUUCCGUCUGAUAUACCAAGGAGUCGUUUUGUUAUUUGAUAAGGUAUGAUGUUGAUUUCGUCAGCUCAAUUCAUUGAUUGCCUCUCAUAACUUACCUAGGUAUAUAAGAG